UAUCUGCUCAGGGGUCGUUUUGUAUAUUCUGCUGGGUAAUAUAGAAAAGCGAUCUGUGAAUAGCAUCACGUAGACACUUUUGACAUUGUUGCCAUCCUUCUGCAUUUAUAUAGGAAGGUUGAUACUAACUGACUUUUUGAGUCUGCUAUUUAUUUAUUGUAUUGAUCGUUGGUAUCUAGAUACAAGAUGUCUGGCCACUUGGUUUGCAAAUCGGGCUUUGGCCUCGGCAAGGUUGCCAAAUUGAUGUUGGCUUCCGUUGUUGUACUUAGUGCCUUCAGUGGUAACGUUUGGGCUAACGAAGCUGAGGUAUCUCAGGUGGUUAAGCCUGGCAGUGUUAAUGGCUGGUGGUUCACAAAAGGUGAAUAUGAUGUUGACCCUGAAUGGAAUGAGGCCGAUAUUGUCUAUGAUGACUAUAAGAAGUACAAUGGUUUUUCUGACAUGGAUAAAACUGAAAGCACUGAAAAGACAUCAUUGGGUGAUAUAUUUAUGAAGCUUGGUCCAAAGAAGUGUAUGAACCUUAGAGUUAAGGAUGUAGAUGUUGACAUGCAACGUGCCAAUAGACGUCUAGCGACUAUCUUGCAACAUAUUACAGACCACACCCCUGAAUCGCCUAUGUUUGCUGUGUCUGAGAACAUCGUGAAGGCGCUUAAUAAACAACAUACUAUUGAACUUCCCAAGGCACUGGCUCAACAACUUUGCCAAUUCGAUGCUAAAGCGAUGAAGACAGACGAAUCAAGGCAGUUUAAGGAUGCGUUCUCCACCUUCUUUGCUGACUUUGUUGCUGAUGUACUACUAGGUUACAGCCCUAUGUCAGAACAUAUGGGUGUUCGUUGCAAAGCUUUUAGUCAGAUUAAGAAGCAUGUAUUACUCUCUUUGAAUGGUAUUGAAAAUUUGGACAAAGAUUCAUGCGUUAAUGUAACUCAGCCCGCCAUUCCCACCAUCCCUGAGCAGCCAGUUGCUGAAGAACCAUCUGAUGUCACCGUAACUGCUCCCGAAGAGUGUGAGGAAGAAGUUGUUAUUAAUCCAGAGGAAGAAAACAAACCUGACUCCUCCUCCUCCUCUUCUUCUUCAUCAUCGUCUUCUUCAGAAUCGGAUUCAGAUGAAGAGGAUAGGGAACCCAUUGUUGAGGAACCAGUUGUUGAGGAACCAGUUGUUGAGGAACCUGCUGAGACUCCUGCUGAGACUCCUGCUGAGACUCCUGCUGAGACUCCCGCUGAGACUCCCGCUGAGACUCCCGCUGAGACUCCUGCUGAGACUCCUGCUGAGACUCCCGCUGAGACUCCCGCUGAGACUCCCGCUGAGACUCCCGCUGAGACUCCCGCUGAGACUCCCGCUGAGACUCCUGCUGAGAAACCUGCUGAGAAACCUGCUGAGAAACCUGCUGAGAAACCUGCUGAGAAACCCGCAUCCAGACCUUGUUACGGUGGUCGCAAAGGUGAAGAAGUGGUCGUCCUUCAAACUACCAGUACAAAUCAAACACCACUUAAGGAGUUACCUGUAGUGACAGGCCCAUCAACUAACAGGCUAUGGCACGAGAAUGUUGAUAUUGAUAUGCCGGUUGUCCAAAAGCGCCUGUCAACCAUUUUGGGCUAUGUUACCAACUACGAUCCAAAGCACCCAUUUUUUGCCGUAUCUGAGAACAUAGUUAAGGUACUGAAUGACUCAUGCAAAUUUGCUUUGCCCGAGGACCUUGCCGUAGAACUGUCAUCCAUUGAGUCUGGAAAGAUAUUUGGCUACGAAUGGGAGGUCUUUACUCAGAUUUUUGCUGACUACCUAUCACUUGUCGUUAUGAAUGGGUUGUGCGGCCCUCGACCUGCAAGCAGAAAAGAAAGUGAACCAUGGUUGAGAAAUUACUAUGAAACCAAGAACCACAUUGUAAGGUCCUUGAAUAAAAUACAGAUGCUAGACUAAGAUUCAGAUCACAGUUAAAUUUUAAAAAUUAAAACUUUAACAAAAAUGUAAUUUAAAGAACCUCAUUUGAUU